AUGAUUCUAAAUAUUGUUCAGGAAGGUACCCAGGAGAUUUUUACAAUUAGUGUUGAAGCUCCUGUGUGCAAGGAAACUCCCAAGGCAGCAGGAAGGCAGUAUCAAUUGGUGUUUCCUGGAGAACAAGGUAGAGCAGGAAGGAAGGAGAUUUUGGGAGCUUGGUGUGGGGCCAAGCUGGAAGGGGAGCAGGAUGAUGGUGAUGAUUAUGAGGGUGAGGAUGAGGAUGAUGGGGAUGAUGAUGAUGAUGAUGAUUGCUGGGAGGCCGAAGUUAAUCCAAACUCAGCCCAGCAGGGAAAGCUGAAGGGUAACUGGCUUUUGGUGUGGAGCGUCAUCUCCUUAGCACACGCAGCUCGUGGCUGCCCCGAGAAAUGCCUCUGCAACACAGCUUCAAAGACUGCAGACUGCAAGAACAGAGGGUUCACUGAAAUUCCUGCCCGUUUACCUCCUGAAAUCCAGAUACUGCAGCUGCAGAACAACCGUAUCUGGAGAAUCAACCAAAACGCAUUCACUGCAACGCCGUUACUCAAAAUCUUAGACUUGUCUAAUAAUUCUCUCUCGAGUGUGGCACCUGGGGCUUUCCAAAAGCUGCGCUAUCUACAGGUUUUGAACCUAACCAGAMAUUUGAUCCAUUAUAUAGAAAACAAGACUUUCAGUUUCCUCCCACACCUGAAAGAACUGGACUUGUCGUCCAACAGCAUCGUUCGUCUGCCUGAGACAUUUGGGAACCGCACAGGGAAUAUAACAUUGCUCUCGGUGAAGCACAACAAACUYCAGAAAAUGGAAAGAAUUCUGCUGGAGUCACUUCCAAACCUGAAAGUGGUUCUCUUCAAAGAUAAUCCCUGGCAAUGCAAUUGCAAUGUCUUUGGCCUGAAGCUGUGGCUGGAGAGUUUUCUAUACCGAGGAGGAAUAAGCGACGGCAUCAUCUGCUCCGCGCCAGGCAUUCGGAAGGGCAGGGACCUUCUCAAAGUGCCCUACGAGCUGUUUGGUGCCUGUCCCCUGAGGACAUCCCAUGUACACAUGGCCAGCAGCCACCAGCACGGCUGGGAGCCCCGCGGCUCCCCGAAACACGGCCACCACGGUGAACAGGCCGAUGGCGGCCGCGCCAGCUGCGAGCCCAAAGCCAAGGCCCGGCCGGUGAGCCUGCGGCACGCCAUCGGCACGGUGGUGAUCACGGGCGUGGUGUGUGGGGUGGUGUGCCUGAUGAUGCUGGCGGCCGCUGUCUAUGGCUGUGCCUACGCUGCCAUCACCGCCCGGUACCACCGCGAGCGCCUGGGCCCGGGCAGRCCGCACACCGCCCCUGAGGAGAARGAGCUGCUCCAGAGCUCCUUGGCCUGA